AUGUCGUCUCCAGCCCAGCCCUCUCCUCAAGUCCUACAAGCCUACCAGCAAAGACUAGAAACCCUUUACCAAAGUCUCCCGGACCUUGUCACUACCGAGCAGGAAGACAGAACCGGAAUCGAAGCACUCGAACAAGACGUUGGUAACCUUGACGUCAAGGAACAAAACCUACAAGACAGGGCCAACAAGUACUGUCAAGAGUUUCUCUACAUCGGCGGCCUCACCGAUAAGAUCGCAAAAGAGUCGUCCGACUCGACCGCCUCUUCGCACGCGAACCACGCUGAUAUCCAGGCUCACAACUCAAAGGGGCCUGUUGUUCCUGAUAGCAUGCCCAAGGCUGAGAGCAAGGAGGAGCUUAAGAAGAGGGCUGAGGAGUUGAACAAAUAG